AUGGCAUGCACACGAGCACAGCCAUGUUUGGAUGGUUCUGGUCCUCCCAAUAGCGAAACCAAAAUUUGCGACAUUGAAAAGCAAAAUGAAACGACAUCUGAGGAGCCAGGAAAAAAAGAGUCAAUGUUUGCCAGCCUAGGUCUUCUCGACCGGUUUUUGGCUGUAUGGAUCUUUCUCGCCAUGGCAAUUGGGAUCAUUCUGGGCAACUUUGUUCCGAGUACAGGUCCUGCCCUGCAAAAGGGGACCUUCGUGGGAGUCUCUGUGCCCAUCGCGAUCGGUCUCCUGGUGAUGAUGUACCCCAUCCUGUGCAAGAUCCGCUUCGAAUCCCUGCACCAUGUCUUCCGGUCCAAAGAUAUUUGGAUUCAGAUGGCGUUCAGCCUUGCCCUAGCUUGGGCAUUUUUGCCCGAUGAGCCUGAAUUGCGACAGGGAUUGAUCGUUGUCGGUUUGGCCCGGUGCAUUGCUAUGGUUCUGGUCUGGACAGGGCUGGCCGGAGGUGAUAAUGAAUACUGCGCCAUCCUCGUCGCCCUCAACUCCGUCCUACAGAUGGUUCUCUUCGCUCCAAUGGGAGUCUUCUUCAUCAGCGUAAUUAGCGGCGACCCAGUGACAUUUGAAUACGCAACAGCCGCCAAAAGUGUCGCGGUCUUCCUCGGAAUACCACUGGGAGCUGCAAUCGUCACGCGCUUCGUUAUUCGACGGAUCUCUGCGACAUGGUACGACCAGACCUUCCUGAAAUGGCUCAGCCCGUGGUCUCUCAUCGGUCUGCUGUUUACGAUCCUCAUUUUAUUUGCCUCGCAAGGCCGUCAAGUCGUCCACCAAAUUGUCUCGGUGGUCCGGGUCGCUGCACCACUCAUCGUUUACUUCCUUGUCAUUUUCUUUGCAACGCUUCUUGUCGCCUACAAAAUGGGCUUUGGUUAUAAGAUUUCCGCUGUACAGAGCUUGACGGCUGCGAGCAAUAACUUUGAGUUGGCAAUUGCUGUUGCGGUCGCGAUGUUUGGCGCAGAUAGUAACCAGGCCCUUGCUGCGACGGUAGGGCCGCUUAUAGAGGUCCCUGUACUGUUGGGUUUGGUUUAUGCGGUCAAAUUGGUAGCUAGACGGCUUGGCUGGAAGGAUUGA